AACAAACGAUUGGAUAAAUCCUUUUGGAUUACAGAUUCAAACAAGAUUAACAGAAAGAAUUUUUUAAAAAAAAAGGAGAAAAUGAAAUCAUUAUUUUUCUUAUUGACCUUAAUGAUGAUUGUUGUUGCAUUAGAUGCAACAUCAUCAGAAUCAAAACCAUCACCAUUAUCAUUAUCAGCAUCGCUUUCAAAAUCCAAACGAUUAUUAUUAAUACAGAUUGUACAAUCAUUAGCACAUAGAGCAAAUGAAUCGGGUCUAGCUGGUGAUCAGAUUAUAUUCGAAACAGCUGGACAAUUAUUACAAACAAAAGAUGUAACCGAUGAUGAUCAAACACAGAUUUUAUCAUUUUUACAAUUACAAUUAAUGGGACAAAUGAUGAAAAAAGAAACAAAAAAAUAAUAAUAAAUUUUAUUU